GAAGGAAGAGAGCCACCGGCCUUCCUCCCUUGGGCGGUUAAGCUGCCAGCCUGCCACUUCUUCGGGCAAAACACUACCUUAAUGCCGAGUUCUGGUCCCUGCGAAUCCCAACAAAACCCUAGGGAAACCUCCCAAAAACCCUAGUGACCUUUCAGUCAUUCUUCUUCUCUAUCGAGAUUCGGUGUUUAGAGAGGUUUAGAUGGAUAAAGUUUGUGAUAUUUGCGGUGACAUUGGCUAUGCUGAAGCUAUCAUUACUUGUUGCAUUUGCAAGAAAGCUUCAGAGCAUAUCUAUUGUACGCCACCAGAACUUGGACCCGUUGAAGGUUUAUGGUGUUGUCUUGAAUGUUUAGCAAGUCAUCAUCCAGAUGCAAAGAUGAAGGAAACAUUCACUAAUCAGAAGAUCAUGCAAAAUGAUUGUUCUGAUGCUGAGGAAGCUAAUACGCAGCAGGGAAAACGGUUGCCAUUGGUUGAGACCAGAAAUUCUAAAAUUAAUUAUGACAAACGCCAAUCAUCUAGGAAAGAAAAAGGUUCUUUUAAGAAAACAGAGAUGGCAAAAGUGAAGUUUAUUUCUGAUAAGGAAGCUGCCUUGCUUGGCACUGAAUCAAAAUCAAGGGCAUGCAAUACAAAAGAAAGUUUGCAUACCUCGCAGAUGUCUAAUACCAAAACAAAAGCAUAUGACUCGCAAAGAAAUCUGCCUGCUGUGGUGAAUUCUGGAAAAAAGAUGAUGACAUAUGAUAGAUGGAAAAACCAACAUGUGUCAUCACAUCAAGCUGCUGAGGGAAAUAUAAUACCACCUUCUACAUAUAAAUGUACAACUCCCAAAAUGUCUAGAAUUGUAAGUUCAGACACUCUAAAGACUGUCACUCAGACAAACAAGGGAGCUGUCGGUGCCAGAGUGCAUCUUUCUUCCUCAAAGUGUGUAAUGACAAAGAAACAUGUUGUGGAUGACAAGAAAGGAAAGAUACAAAAGAACAAAUCUUCAGGAGAUGAGGCUUUUGAAGCAUUUUGCAUCAAAGGUACUAUGGAGGGAUCUGCUGAUGAAACAAAUUGCAAAUCUAAUGCUCUGUCCCUAUUUACCAAGGAUGAAAAGAUGACAUAUAGUGCUCUAGGACAAAAAUGUGCUUCAAAUGUUGAGCCUGUUAAAACAUCGGUACCUGAUACUGUACUUGGAGGCUCAAAUGAUGAGAUAAAUCUUCUUCCUGCUGGUGGUCCAGGAAACAGCUCAGUUGUCUGUUCUGAUGUGCAAGGAAAUAGACGUUGUUAUCAAGAUGUGGAUCAGCCACUAAUAUUGCUUAUUAGUCCAGAUAUGAAGUUUUCAAACUGUCCUGUUCCAGAUAUCUGUUGGAAGGGGGCUUUUGACGUUCUUAAUGAAGAUUUCCAUGUAUGUUGUGGAAUUCAAGCUCACUUCUCUCGCCAGGUGUCAUGUAAAGCUUAUGAAGUCACAAAACAAAUUCCCAAAGAAUUGAAGUUCAAGGUCAUACCUCGUGCCCGUGUUUGGCCAAAAAUCUUUCAAUUCGAUCCACCCACAUGCGAGGAUAUUGGAUUAUACUUUCUCCCUUCUGAAAUUCCGAGGUCUAAAGAGAACUAUAUCUGUCUUUUAGAGCAUGUGAACUCUCACGAUUGUGCAUUGCAAAGUCAAAUAGGUGAUGUCAAAUUACAGAUAUAUACAUCUAAGCAAUUGCCUGCAGACUCUGAAGGACCAGCUUCGCAGAUGUAUUUGUGGGGAAUCUUCUGCCAUGUGAAACAUAAGAAACUCAACUGUGAUAUGCAGAAACAACCCUCCUCCAAGACUCCUAUUACUUCUGUAAAGACUUGCAAUGAAUCAAAUAACCAUCAGAAAGGCAAUUGUACAGAAAUUCAUAGUACUGGGAAAACUAUAUCAAGUCCUGUACCUUUAUUUGAUCCUCCUCCUGGAUUUCAGAAGCUGAGAUCUGAAGUGCAUAGAAAGGGGCCUCCAGUCAUGUCUGCACCAAAGGAUGUGAGGAGGUCAAUUUCAUCAGAAUCACCACCUGUUUUUCCAAGGCAUUCUCCAGGAAAUGAAGGUAGUUCAUCUAGGCUGCCUGGCAGCAUGACAUCCCUCAUGUGCAAGUCGACCAGACCAACAAUGGAUCAUCAGGAGUUGGGGCAUGCACACAGGUCAAGGGGCAGCAAUACCAUUGACAGCAAUCGAACUCAGCAUGAUGGACAUUAUACCAUGAAAGCUGGAGACACAGGAAAGAGGAAAAUGUGGCAGGGUUCUAGUAGUGUGAAAGAUAACAAGAAGGUUCCUUACGAUAAAGUUUAUGGUACACCAUACCGGUCGGUGUUGGAGCGUAUUAGGCAUACCAUACCAUAUAGGUAUCAAAACAACAAGCAGUACAGAGAGUGUACUGAGCAUCAAUAUGCUGAACGAGCCUCCAUUCCACAUGUAUCAGCAUCAAAUCAGGAUGGUACUGGUAUAGGAUCCAAAAGUGAGAGCCGGAAAAGAAAAUCUAGUGGGUUCGGGAACCCCACUAACAAGCAACAACAUGAAGCAUCUACAGAUUAUGAUAAUCGUUAAGUAGUUGUAAAGCCGAUUCAUGCCAUUCAAGAUGCAUCCUCCAACUUUACCCUUGAGAGGAUCAUGACAACAAGACCUAGAACUAAGUACUAGUCAGUCCUGACCUUUUUAGACCUCACCUUUUUACCUUGAGUAGUGGUGGUAAGAGAUUGUAUUUUAACUGGUCUAAUGAUUAGACUAUAUACUGUUUCCAGUUACAGUUUAUGCAUGCUUUAUGCUGAUUUUUGAUAUCAGAUACAUAUGCUGAUUCUUUACUCUCAUA